UUUCCAGCCGGGGCAAAGCAAAGACUGCGUUUGGCUGAACUGCUGCAAAGAACAGCAGUAGUCGGUAGUGCUGGCGGCCGCGGUUCUUUUGCCCCCCUCCCCUUCUUUUCCUCAGGCGCAGAGGAUAGCUUUAUAGCAAGUGCAGAAGAAGGAGCAGUUAAAGGAUAUGCAACAUGAAGGUUAAAAGAGUCCACAUUUGAUGACAUCAACUUGGAGUCGCCCGAGUAUUCAUUUUUCUUUGACAUUUUCCUCUAAUCAAAUUUAGAUGUUCUUAUCCUUUUCAUCUUUCAUACAGUAUUUAUUAAUUCCAACAUGGAUGCAAGCAAGAAAGCAGACCCACCAGUCUUAGUGGAAACAAUACAGCAGAAGGGAAAUCCUGAUCGCCACCCUAUCCCAUCCAUUUAUGUACCAGAACAAGGUGGUUACAAGGAAAAAUUUGUGAAUGCAGUGGAAGACAAAUACAAAUGUGAAAAAUGUCAUCUCAUUUUGUGUAAUCCAAGACAGACAGAAUGUGGGCAUCGCUAUUGUGAGACCUGCAUGAGUUCUCUGUUGAGUUCCACAAGUCCAAAAUGUACAGCAUGUCAAGAAACAAUAGUGAAGGAUAAGAUAUUUAAAGAUAAUUGCUGUCGAAGGGAGCUUCUUGCUCUUCAGAUAUUCUGCAGAAAUGAAAAUAAAGGUUGUCGAGAUCAAUUGACCUUGGGACAGUUGCUGACACAUCUAAGAAAUGACUGUCUCUUUGAAGAACUUCCAUGUCCUCGUACCGAUUGUAAAGAAAAAAUAUUGAGAAAAGAUUUACCAGAUCAUAUAGAAAAAAACUGCAACUAUCGGGAAACAACAUGUAAAUACUGUAAAAGCCAAGUGCCAAUCAUUAUGAUACAAAAACAUGAAGAUGCAGACUGUCCUUGUGUUAUGGUUACGUGUCCUCAUCAGUGCAGUGUUUCAGCACUCCUCAGAAAAGAGUUGAAUGCACAUUUGUCAGAAUGUAUUAAUGCCCCAAGUACCUGUAGUUUUAAGCGUUAUGGCUGCACUUUUCAGGGAACAAACCAGCAAGUUAAAGCACAUGAAGCCACCUCAGCAGUGCAGCAUGUAGACUUAUUGAAAGAGUGGAGUAAUUGUCUGGAAAAUAAGGUGGCCAUGCUCCAGAAUGAAAGCUUGGAAAAGAACAAGAGCAUACAAACUUUACAUAAUCAAAUUUGUAGCUUUGAAAUAGAAAUUGAGAGACAGAAGGAAAUGUUGCGAAGUAAUGAAACUAAAAUACAUCACUUGCAGCGGGUAAUAGAUAGUCAAGCUGAGAAGCUGAAAGAACUAGACAAGGAGAUUCGACCUUUCCGACAGAACUGGGAAGAAGCAGACAGCAUGAAAAGUAGUGUUGAGUCCCUCCAGAACAGGGUGACUGAACUGGAAAGCAUUGAUAAAAAUACUGGGCAAGGAGCUAGAAACACAGGUCUUCUAGAAUCACAGUUAUCUAGGCAUGAUCAAAUGUUAAGCGUUCAUGACAUCCGUCUGGCUGACAUGGAUCUCCGAUUUCAAGUCCUGGAAACAGCAAGUUACAAUGGAGUAUUAAUCUGGAAAAUUCGAGAUUAUAAACGUCGAAAGCAAGAGGCUGUUAUGGGGAAGACUUUGUCCUUAUAUAGCCAACCAUUUUAUACAGGAUACUUUGGCUAUAAGAUGUGUGCCAGGGUUUACCUCAAUGGAGAUGGGAUGGGCAAAGGGACACAUUUGUCUUUGUUCUUUGUUAUAAUGCGGGGAGAAUAUGAUGCAUUGCUUCCUUGGCCAUUCAAGCAAAAGGUCACCCUUAUGUUGAUGGAUCAAGGACCUUCUCGGCGCCACUUAGGAGAUGCAUUCAAGCCAGACCCCAACAGCAGUAGUUUCAAGAAACCCACUGGGGAAAUGAAUAUUGCAUCUGGUUGCCCAGUCUUUGUUGCACAAACUGUUCUAGAAAAUGGAACAUAUAUUAAAGAUGAUACUAUUUUUAUUAAAGUCAUAGUGGAUACUUCGGAUCUACCAGACCCCUGACAUAUAGCAGAAAGGCAGAUUCAACAGAAGACAACUCCAUUUGGGGCUCUUUUUUAUAUCUGUCUUCAAUGAGAGGUCCUUAAAGCUCAGAGAGGACCACUUUAUGUUAACAGAGGAAGAGUUUGGAGGUAUAACUUGCAUAGGGUCCAAUGGCAAACAUAGCAACCCAUUAAGAAACCAUAACUGUGGUGUAUUUUUUAAAUUAAUAGGAACACUUCAAGUUCUGACAAGUUACUUAAUCCUCACGAAGACAAAGAUCACUAUCAGAAAAGCUUUUUGUAAUUUAUUGACAAUAAUUUGGGAGAGAAAAAAAGUAUCUUAUGCUGAAUAUGACAUCAGACUUUACUUUCAUUUUAACUAGAAAAUAAAAGUUCACGUGGGUUAGCUAGAACCUGUCAGCAUGUUAAGUAAAAAAAGAAAUUAUGAAGUAUUGUUGCAGUUAAAGAUAUUAUUACUUUGAACAUCUAAGUGCAAUGUUGUCUGAAAUAUAGUAUAUUGUCUAUUUUUAAG